GCUAUGGAGUAUUAGAGUAAAGAGUAAGAGCAGAAGCACACCUCAGCUACAACUUCCACACAAGUAAUACUAAUACACUGCGACGGCGGCGGAAGAGGAGCUUACGGCGGCGAUGCUCUUUUGAAUUUACCUGGUAAUUUUAUCGAGAAACAAAAAAUGAAGGAAUUGACAUUGCAGUACAAAAUUCCCCUCCCUCCAACCACAAAACUCGUACACCACAAAAGAAGAAAUCUUCCUCAAUUCCAAGCCACGAAAUGGAGGAACACCCGAACUUCUGUAAAUUACAGCUCUGCCACCGCCGCCACCACUUCUUCUCUCGGAGUUCUGGAACUAGAAGAAGGGAGCAGCGGAUAUAACAUGAGAAGUAAAGAUGCGGGGGAGGAAGAGGAAGAGGAGGAGGACGCCGAAACGUCGUCGUCGUCGACUUUGCUUUCUUUGAGCGUGAAGCCCGACAGAAGCAUGGCUAUGCUCGACGAUUACGAGAUGGAAGAAAUGGACUUCGGACCCCUCGACCCGAAUCACCGGAGCGGGUAUGUCGCGGUUGUGGGUCGCCCCAAUGUCGGAAAGAGUACUCUCUCCAAUCAAAUGCUCGGCCAGAAGCUAUCAAUCGUCACCGACAAACCUCAGACCACCAGACACCGUAUUCUUGGUAUUUGCUCCGGCACAGACUAUCAGAUGAUACUAUACGAUACACCGGGAGUUAUCGAGAAGAAAAUGCACAAAUUGGAUUCGAUGAUGAUGAAGAAUGUCCGAAGUGCUACUGUCAAUGCCGACUGUGUAGUCAUUGUCGUUGAUGCUUGUAGACCACCUCAAAAGAUUGAAGAAGUUUUGGAAGGAGUGGUAGAGAUCAAAGAUAAGUUACCCACUCUUCUUGUUUUAAAUAAACGGGAUCUCAUCAAACCAGGUGAAAUCGCUAAGAAAAUCGAGUGGUAUGAGAAUUUUACGGAGGUUGAUGAGGUCAUACCUGUGAGUGCUAAAUAUGGCCAAGGAGUUGAUGACAUCAAGGACUGGAUUUUAUCGAAACUUCCUCAUGGACCCGCUUAUUAUCCUAAGGAUAUCACUAGUGAGCACCCUGAGAGAUUUUUUGUCGCUGAAAUUGUCAGAGAAAAAAUCUUUAUGCAGUACCGAAACGAAGUCCCUUAUGCGUGCCAGGUUAAUGUGGUUAGUUACAAAACUAGACCAAAUGCGAAAGACUUCAUCCAAGUCGAAAUUGUCGUGGAGAAGAACUCGCAGAAGAUUAUCCUUAUUGGAAAGGAAGGAAAAGCACUAAAGCUGCUAGCGACAGCAGCUCGAUUAGACAUAGAAGAUUUCUUGCAGAAGAAAGUAUUCCUUGAGAUAGAAGUAAAGGUGAAAGAGAACUGGCGACAGAACGAAGGGCUGCUCAAGUUUUACGGAUACGGAGGGCAAAUUCAAGCUAUAUGACGGACUUACGAUUCCAAUUUCGACAUCAAUUGAUAUAUAGAAGAGUUUUCUUGCACAUUUUGUUUGUAGAAUAAUAUUAUGCAAAUUAAGGAUUGGUUCACACAUCACGCCACGUGUCUUGGUUUGAAUGGUUAAUUACUUCUGAAACAAA